GUAAUAGUUUUGCGCAGUCGAAUGGGCGUAGUGGCUGUCAUUGUAGGAAGGUGUUAUCGUGUAGAAGUAGAUGAAGCUUAUUCGCCUGGAAAAGAUGGCAGCGAGCUGAUGUUGUUUAUUCUUCCCUCGACGAUGUAAGUGAAAGUCGCAGGUCAUAGGAAGCGUGCACUGCUCAGGAGCCUUGGUCUCCUCCUGAGUAGAACUGGCAGGCGAGCUCGUGGCUGGACGACUAGUACUCCAGACGCGCAUCAGAAGAGACACUUCGGUGGAGGGCAUUACUAGCGCAGGUGCUUGGUGCGCGUGCUGCUACGUUGCACAGCUGUGAGGUUAACGUUAAGGAUACACGUGUGACACUGUUAACCUGUAACGAACAUUUCCAGGGGGGUUCAUCGAUAAUAUCUAGCGUCGUUUCUAAUCGUCUCCACUGUGAUGGGCCGCUUUGUGAGCAACCUUGCGCCCGCCUUGUCGUAAUUCAGUAGAGACCUUCAUCUAACCACAUGAUGCUGAGCGGAAGCAAAGCACCAGACCGACCGAACGCGAACUCCGGA